AUGGAAUCAAGUAUACCUGACUUGCCACCUGAAGACUGGAUACCUAAUCAAACCUCCUUCUUAGUGAUAAAUGGACCUGGUAUGAAUGCUCUGAAGAUUCCAUUAGCUGUACCUUCUGCAGUGGCCGACGGUGUCUCAGUGGCAGCAAACUGGUUCUCUCAUUAUUUAGGGAAACCCAGUCGACUAGUUCGUUUCGAUGAAUGUAUUUAUUUUGCCUAUAUACAUAAUCUCCACAUUUUCUUGUUUCUUGGAUUGAUUGACGGUCCAUCUAAUACAUCUGCUUACAGGCCUGUAAACUCUACCCACACAGUCAACUUCACCGAUAUGUAUCCCAAAAUCUUAGAUCGAUCUUUUGUAUACUUCAUUCUCUUGCAGGAAUCAGUAAAUGAACUAAACGAACAUCUCUCAGAACCUGUAUCACUCAACAGAUUUAGAGCCAACCUCAUUGUUGAUGGGUGCAAACCUUUCUCUGAGGAUUUGUGGGAUGAGAUUGAAAUAAAUGGCUUAGUUUUCCAUGGGGGAGAUAGAUACCAAUAA